CUGUGUGGUCGAGGUUUGAGUUUCCUCUCACAGUACGAGAUGUGUGAAUGAUCACUAUAGCAGAUAUUAUUCAUCUGGAUCAGAUCAUGAAGAUCAUACAGCUGCAGAUCUAUCUGUUCAUGUUGUAUCAAGCCUCAGAGAGUCUAACAAACACACCAGUAACUUUAGGAUCUGAUGUGAAUAUAAUCUGUGAUCUUGAUAUAGAGGAGAUUUACUGGUACAAACAGAAAUUACCGGAUCCUCCAGUGUUGAUUUUACGCACUUACAGCAACACUCAUGAAGGAGGUAAAUAUGAAAACAGCAUCUAUGAACACAAAUACUCAGUGAAAACUAACAGUCGUCUGUUCAUCAAGAAUAUCACCAUUGAUGAAUUAGGAGUUUAUUAUUGUGUGAAAACUAGUGAACCACUAAAAUUCAACAACGGCACCAAAAUCUACAUCAGCGACUUUGUCCAAAAGAAUAUUACAGACUCGGUCGACAUGAAUCAGACAGAAGACGCUCCACAACAGCAGAUACCAUGGAGAAAUAUGACCAUCUUAUCUGUCCUGCUGAAUGUGCUUCUGAUCAUUGCAUUAAUAGGUUUGAUGAAGAUUUUAAUUGAUGCAACUGGAAAAUCUGCUGCUCAAAACUCGAAUAAUCCACAGUGUGCUGAAGAUGAUUUCUUCAUGUGCUCCAGAAACACCAGACCUAGUCAGGAGCAGACCACUACUGUCUACAGACAAUGUACCAUGUGAUACACGUUAGGAAUAUAAAGUGUCUCUACAUAUGUUUUUUUUUUUUUACAAACUAAAAUUUGUUGUUAUUAUAUUUUAAAUAUGUGGAUUUUAAUUUUCAUUUCCAUUCAUGAGUUUUCUGCUUUGUAUCUAAAUAUGCAGUGUGUAUGACACAAGUGUGUAAACACUUUUUUUUAUCUGUUUUAAGUGGAGAUCCUGCUUAUAUACUGUAUAAUAAUAUAAUCGUUUUCUUCUCUCUGUUAUGAAUGCGCUGAAAUGCUCAGCAGUAAAAGUUAUAAACCACAAAAGCUUUCUUGGGGCUGAAACAUGAAAUCAUUUUUGAAAUCAUGACAUUUUCUGAUAGUUUAUUUGUUUUACAGCGAUUUGACAACACUUGAAGUCAAGAAAACAAAUGUCAGUAAAUGAAGAUAUUUUUUACAUGCAUAUUAAUAUUUUGAAAUAUUUUUUUCAUAUAUUUAAAAAUAUCUGACUUCUGCUCUCUGUUUUUGUGGUUAACACAAGCAUGGUUUCGUGCAAAUGAAGUUUUCCACUGGUUUGGUCACUUGAUGAACAACACGAUCACACACACUUGCAGGCAUCAAGCGGUUUCAACUUUAACCAAAUGAACAUGACAUGAAACACCAUGAUAACUCUUUACAAUUGUGUGCUAUUUGUUAAACCUAACCAUCAAGAACUAACAAUAAUAAAAAAGAAAUACUUCAA